CAAAGGGGCAGCGGGGCGAGCCGCCGGGGCGCGGGACUCCGCGGGGAGGCGGCGGCGGCGGCGGCCCCACCAUGCCGCGGGUUGUCCCCGACCAGCGGAGCAAGUUCGAGAACGAGGAGUUCUUCAGGAAGCUGAGCCGCGAGUGCGAGAUUAAAUACACCGGCUUCAGGGACAGACCCCACGAGGAGCGGCAGGCCCGGUUCCAGAACGCCUGCCGGGACGGCCGCUCCGAGAUCGCUUUUGUGGCCACAGGAACCAAUCUGUCUCUCCAGUUUUUUCCGGCCAGCUGGCAGGGGGAGCAGCGACAGACACCUACCCGGGAAUAUGUCGACUUUGAAAGAGAGGCAGGCAAGGUGUACUUAAAGGCACCUAUGAUUUUGAAUGGUGUCUGUGUUAUCUGGAAAGGCUGGAUAGAUCUGCAGAGACUGGAUGGUAUGGGCUGCCUGGAAUUUGAUGAAGAGAGAGCACAGCAGGAGGAUGCAUUGGCACAGCAAGCCUUUGAAGAAGCUCGGAGAAGAACUCGUGAAUUCGAGGACAGAGACAGGUCUCAUCGGGAGGAAAUGGAGGUGAGGGUUUCACAGCUGCUGUCAGUAACUGGCAAGAAGACAAGACCCUAGUCCUGGAUCUAACCUAGGAAGUGGCGACGACCUCAAACUGCGUUAAUCAACAGCAGCAGCAGACAUGCCAUGGGUCUGCGCAUAUGCAUUGCUUAUACUUGGCAAAAGAUUAAAUAAAAGACCAGAAACUGUGAUAACUGGGUUACUAUGGUCUAUUUCCUGACCUGCGGCAGUCACAACCAGCAUGAACUGCCAUGGUUUGCACUAUGUUUAUGUUACAAUAUCUGCAUUUCCUAUUGUAAGCAUGUAGCCAGUGGCAAUUUGAGAUUGUUUUUCUAUGCAAGCUUAUUUUUGUUGGCACUAUUUUAGUGAAAUGGAAACUUAAGCAGCUAUAAACCAUUUUUCUCAACUGUAAUAAAAAAAAUUGUCACUUAAAAAUAGGUCAAGACAUUGCAGAUUACAAUUUUUUUUGUUUUUGGUAAAUUGCUGGAAGCCAAGGCUUUCUAAGCUUAAUUUUUUUAUAUGGGCUUUUGGAAGUUUUGGUUGUCAUUAUUGUGCUCCUGCUCUAUUUUAGAUAUGCAUUCUUGUCUUUUUUGCAAUUUUCUUCUUUAUCUUCAAAAUUUGCAAGACAUUUUAAAGACUGCUGACAUUUUUUGCAUUAUUUACGAGCUAAACCCAGUAGCACAGAGCUGUCAAUCAACUUUCUAACAUGCAUGUAUGUUUGUUAAAGUUGCAAUAUCCUUUUAACUGCUAGCAAUUCAUUGGUUCCAUUUUUUUAAAAUAAAAUGUUUUACAAAUAUUUUUGAUGUCAGUGCAUUCUGCCCCAGGAUCUAACCUAGUUUCUAUUCUGUACUAAAUGAGUUUGAGUGGUUAAUAUAGCCCUGUAUAUAGUACCUACUGAGACUCCUAGGAAGUUGCAGGCUGGCUUCUGUUUUAUUCAGGGAUUUUUUUAAAUAGUUCUGGAAAGGGAUAUUGCAACUUCACGAUUGGAUUUGACAGCAUGUUAAACUGGGGACAAAGGUGAUCAGCUGCAAUGGUGAUAUUGUAUUAAAAAUCAUGUUUAAGAUACCUGCUUUAAGUGUAUUUUAUAUCUUAUGCUUUUUGUAAAUUUAUGCUGAAUGAUGAAAGGAGAGAUUUGGGGUUGUGUGUAGAAUCUCUCAUACUGCCCGUGGGACACUUCCUUUUAUUAAAUCGUCUACAUAUCAAACUAAUUUACAGUAUAUAUGGCAUUUUCCAACAGGGUAAGAUUUGGGAUGGAUUCAUUUGUAUGAAUAAUUUUUGUAACAGGUUUAUUCCCAGUUUUCCAUCAACAUCCAUUACUUUAAAGAAACAACUGGAAACAGCAGUGUCAUCUGGCAUUGUUUGAAGCUGAUGCUUUCUGUAUAGCUUAAUUAAUUUUUUGUCAUUUGAAAUAAUCUUUAAUAUUAAAAUGCUGAAGCUAGACCACUUAUUUUAAAGAAAAA